AUGAACUAUUCUGUUGACAACAAUGUAUCCUCGUCUGCAUUGAGAAAGAGAAAGAUUCUCAAGAAAUCAAUCAACUUUUCUGUUAUGAUUGUUGGAGAAAGUGGAUCAGGUAGAUCAACAUUGAUUAAUACUCUAUGCGGUGGUAAUUCGAUUGUACCUACUUCGUCAACCAGAAAUGAGGACCCGUUCACCAAGAAAUUGCACUUGAGACACGAGAAUGUUGAAUUGGAAGAUAAUGAUGGACACAAGAUUAGUUUCAACAUUAUUGACACCCCCAACUUUGCCAAUCAAAUCAAUUGUGGUGAGGAUUUUAGAAUUAUUGUUGAUUUCAUCCGUCAUCAAUUUGACGAGGUCUUGUUGGAGGAAUCUAGAGUGAAGCGUAACCCUAGAUUCAAAGAUGGAAGAAUCCAUGUUUUGAUUUAUCUUGUUAACCCCACGGGUCAUGGAUUAUCGGAAAUUGACGUCAAGUUUUUGAAACAUGUGAAUAACUUGGUUAAUAUAAUACCUGUUAUUGCAAAAGCUGACUCAUUGACUAGAGAUGAGUUGCAAUUGAAUAAACAAUUGAUUUUGGAGGAUUUGAACAAUUAUGAAAUCAAUUAUUACAGGUUUAACGAAUAUGAAUAUGAAAAGGAGUACAUCGAUGAUGAAAUUAUCGAAUACAACAAGUAUUUGAACUCGUUGUUGCCAUUUGCCAUAAUUGGAGCUAACGAGUACAAAAAGAAUACCCAUUUAGGACAGCAUUCGAAAAAUGGAGAAACUAAUCACCCUAAUGUAGCAAAUGAUGACGACGACGACGACGAGGAGGAUGAUGAUGAUGCGGAAGAUAUUAUAAAGUUGAGAGUCUUGAACAAGGAUUUGAAACCCAUCAAUGUUGAUAAUCCUGAUAUCAAUGAUUUCACAAUUUUGAAAAAUGUUUUGUUAAUCACCCACUUGAAUGAAUUUAAGGAUAUCACCCAUGAUCAAAUUUAUGAAAAUUAUAGAACUGAAGCCUUAUCGGGAAAACAAUUCCAAUACAUGAACAACAACAAUUCAGAUGACGGAAGUUACAACACAUACAACAGCAGUGCCCACAAUAUAGCAGCAGGUGAAAGUCAAUAUGGUAAUGGAAGUAUUGUCAACACCAAUGGAAAUGGAACAAAUGGAAGUCAUCAUCGUCACAAUAACUCACACGGAUCGCAUUUCGAUAGAUCCAUAAAUGGUAAUGGCACUGAUGCAGGUUCCACUGCCGGAGGCGGCGGUGGCCAAUCUGACUACUUGCUAAAGGAGGAACAAAUCAAGUUGGAAGAGGAACGAUUGAAGAAGUUUGAAGAACGUGUUCAUCAAGAUUUGAUUACCAAGAGACAAGAACUAUUAGAGAGGGAGAAUGAAUUGAAAGAGAUUGAAAAGAGAUUACUUGCUGAAGGAUUGAAAUUGAAUGAACACGGAGAAGUGGUCAAAGUUGAGGAGUAG